CACCCCAACCACCCACCAUUUCGCCAUCCAUCCAUCCGUCGUCUCCUCCUCCCAAGAUCACACGCAUCAAGAAACAGCUAGCUCCUGGAUGCGCCGGGCAAUGGAGAGACGGCCGGGUGGUGGCCGCCGCCUCGUCGCCGUCGUCCUGGCUCUGUCCUGCCUCCUCCUCCCCGUGCUCGUCUCCUCGGCGCCCUUGUCGAGAAGCCUGCGCAUGAGCAGCCUGCACCAGCACCCGCCGUCUCUGAACUUUUCUGCAGAUGAGACGGCGGCGGCGCGAGGGCUCAGCAGGAGGCCGGCGGCGAGGAUGGACGUUGAGGUGAACGACUACCCAGGUUCAGGCCCCAACAACCGCCAUGACCCUCCCAAAGGUCCAGGAAGAGCAUGAAAUCAACCAAGCUGAUGCUCUCCAUGACUCCAUCAUCUAGCUAGCUAUUUAGCAACUCCCAAAGAAUUUAAUGCAGUGUAUAAUUACAUAAUCAGCGGAUGUAUGUGUAAUUUGGGGGGUUGUAAUUAGUAGAGAGCAGAUAGUUAAUUAGCUCGUAGCGAGGGCUACGAUCGACCGCAGCUCGAAUGAAAGAAUUCAGGGUUAAAAA